UUUUCAUAUGCACAGCAUCAAUUAAAUAACAGGUCUGUCUUUAAAAGUAAGACAAGAAAGCUCUUCUUAGGUCGACAACUUAUGACUCUCUAUAAGGAUUCAUAAUCAUACGUAUUCGCACGUAUACACCCCCGCUAAAUUGGUUUUCCCGCCAAUCUAUGCUGCCACGAGGCGAAUAAGAGAAAAAUCGCAUGCGCUGUAGGAUUCCGAGCGUAUAAGGAAGCUUCAUUAUACGCAUUCGCUUCUCCGACGCUUUUCAGCUGCUACUUUUUAUUGUAAGCGACACAAAUGUCUUAACUCUUUUUUCUUGUCUCGUGGUUCAUCGACAUUCACGUUUGACUGUAUAAACCAAGCCAAAGCAUAAGUACUUAUCGACCCACAGAGAGGCAGAGAGCAACGACCCACGUCAGACCAUCGCGCUCCGACCCUGAAACUUCGAUUAGUUGACAUCCGAAAACUUCUACAAGGUCGUCCACACGUCUUUAUAAAGCCAUAUAUACACACACACGCACACACACACACACACGCAUAAACCUGCGCUGACAUUAGCUUCCCAGCUACCUAUACAUCGAUCGAUGACGGAAAUUUAGGAAGUGCGCGCGUUUCUUCCAAAAGAAACCAUGUGCUAUAUAGGGUCUACGGCAAUCUCGAGGGCGGGGGAGCCACGCAGUGCCUCUGCUUCUGCGACGCGUUUAUCAGUAAACAGUAUUCGUAUAGCACGCAGCAGCAGUUGCCGUUUGGCACCGAACGCGCGUAUUUUUUAUCGUUUCAUCCUUUGGUUGCGUGUGCGCGAGUGUGUCUGUGCAGAAGAUGGAAAAUGACGAAUUCCCGCUGCACUGGGGGAUCGGAAGCUUCAACGGCGCCGAAAUACAUAUCAUCGAGUUACUGCUGGAAAAACACGCCGACCACAUAAACGUCGUCGACUCGGAAGGUCGAACUCCCCUUCACUUGGCCGCUCAUAAUCCGAAAUGUCAUCCGGAAGUGGUCGAGCUGCUUCUGGCACACGGAGCCGACGUCAAGGCAAAAUCGUCGAAAGAAGGCAACACCGCGCUGCACUACGUCGCGAUGUGCAACAGUCCACGUAGCAGAAGCGUUAUCGAUAUUCUGCUGAAACAUGGCGGCGACGUCGACGCGGUCAACUCGGAAGGUGACACUCCUCUUCACUCGGCGGCUCGUAACAAGAGCGAUAACGCUCCCGAAUGGGACUUUUUGCAACUAGUCAGCGACGUCAACGCCAAGAACCUCAACGGCGACACUCCCCUCCACUUCUACCUGCAGAACAAAACGGUCACUCGCUGCAGCUAUGUGCGCACCUCGAGGUUCGUGAGAAAAUGCGGCAACCUCAACUUGGCCAACUCUCAGGACGAGACUCCUCUUCACUUCGCCGCUCAGAAUCCGAACUGCUAUCCCGAGAUAAUCAAGCUGCUCGUGGAACACGGAGCCGACGUCAGAGCGGCGACGACUCGGGACGGUAACACAGCGCUGCACUACGUCGCGAUGAGCAACGACAUCAGCAGCCACAGUGCCGUGAAGCUUCUGCUGAAACGCGGCAGCUCCGUCAACGUCGGCAACCUAGAGGGCGAUACUCCCCUUCAUAUGGCCGCGAGAAACGACGGCGUCAACGCGCCCCUGGCGGAACUUCUGAUGGAGCAUGCGAGCGACGUCAACGUCAAGAACCGCAUACGCGACACUCCGCUUCACCUGCAUCUGCGGAACAAAACGAUGAUGAACAACUUCGCUCGUACGCUCGAGUUUGUGAGGAAGUGCAGCGACAUCAACUUGCCCAACUGUUACGGCGAAACUCCUCUGCAUCUGGUGGUGAAGAACGAGAGCUUCCAUUCUCAAUUCACUCAUUCUUACUGCCAAAUUUCGUUGAUCAGGCUCCUCAUAGAUCACGGAGCUGACAACAGUAAAGAGGACGCCACUGGCGUAAGCGUGUACGAGGCGUAUUGCGAGGCCGUACAGGAAUUCAACGGCCAGAAGGACCCUAUGCUGGAGAUAAUACUCCAACCGGACGAAUUGCAAAAGAAGAUUAGUUCCUCGUUGCACGUGGCCUGCCUCUUUCACAAGAUCGACUCGAUUCGCGACCUGCUGAGAUACGGUACAACCGGCGUCAACAGCACAGAACACUUCGGCUAUUCGCCUCUCUUGUACGCCCUCAUCGCCCACGGGCACGACGACGAGAGACUCGCCGACAAGUGCUCGACCAUCAGGCUGCUGCUCGACCAUUGCGCCGACAUGACCCAUCAGUUCACCCGUUCCAAUCUGUCGCUGUCCAACUUGGUGUUCAAUGGCGUCAGCAACAUGGACGAGAAGGACUACCGGGCGAUGCGCUCCGUCUUCUUGAAGCACACGGCUAAGCUUCUGACGCUGCGCGACAACCCUGCCGAUGUGAGCAACAACCCGGAUGUGAUACGCCAGUUCAACAUCUAUUACUUCCCUACGCCCGAGGAGAUAGGCGCCGAAAAUAUUCAAGAAUUCGACGCCUGGCGCUCCCAGUGCGCCGAGGAGCUGAAGUGGAUGAGCCACGUGACGAUAAGCGAGGGUUUCAAGGUGACCUUUCUGGAUUUGCUGCUGUCGAGCGCGGAAAAGGCGGCGAUAUACGUGAGGAACAAGGAGCUGGUCCAGGCUUUUGACGCCAAGAAGGCCCUCUUUCCAAUGUACCAGGGAAUACUGGAUGCGAAGCUUUCGCGCAAGCUCGAGCGACGAAAGCUCGUCGAAAGCGCGGCUGUUGCGUUCAGCGAUUUUCUCGGAUUCGCCGAUCCGAGCGACGAUUUUUUCGAGAGGAUGUUCUCUUACUGUAGCAACGAAGAUUUGGAGCGGCUGAUCAAGGGAACGAGCGACGAAAUCGACGAAAGGACUUGAAGGACUUGAACUUACUUGAAGGACGCUCAUUUUAAUCACUUGACUUUUUUAUAUUUGUUACACUUGUACACCAACAAAAAGGAAUUGAUUAAAGAAUUAUACGUUGAGAUGAA